UAGUCAUAUGAUUUCUUGAGGAUUAGAAAAGGUUUACUGAGAGAUUUAUGUGUUAGGGAGUGUGUGUUUAAUAUUUCCAAUUUGAAGUUUGCAGAUGAAACUUUUUGGUUAUACCUCGUCAUACUCAUGUUUUUUUAUGCCAUGCUUAUCCUGUUGCAAAUGCUUGAGCUUAUUUCAUGUCUAACUUAUACUGUGUGAGUAUGUGUGUGUUGUGUUGUGUUUUCUAGUGUCAUAUAACUACUAAAGUGUAUUUACUUCAACCUAUGAUGUCUGUGUCAUCUAUUGUUACAUAACUAUAUGAGAGUGUUCACUUCAGCUUACUAUGUCUAUUUUUUUCCUACAUAGUGUGACCAAAUUAAAGGUCUUAGAUGCAAGUGGACCUCCUGGUCUUCCAAGUUUGCUUUCAGGAACAUCAGAAAUGGUGGUUACAACAAUGAUAUCGGCUUUGAGUUUCUCACCUGAUGGAGAGGGACUGGUCGCUUUCUCAGAGCAUGGCUUGAUGAUCAGGUGGUGGUCCCUGGGGUCUGUUUGGUGGGAGAAACUGAGCCGAAAUUUUGUUCCUGUUCAGUGCACCAAAGUGAUAUUUGUUCCUCCGUGGGAGGGAUUGUCACCUACUUCUUCUAGGUCUAGUGUGAUGGCAACCGUAAUGGGGCUAGAAAGAGAGGCCAAAUUCCUGGAGAAUAUUAAGAAUUUGAGUCAUAUGGACCGGCUGAGGCAGUUGAUUCAUAACCUGGACCUGUCUUAUCGGUUGGAAUGGGUUAAUGAGAGAAAAGUACUUCUCGAAAGAAAUGGCCAUGAGUUAGGCACUUUCCAGUUAUAAGCACUUUGCAUUCCGUCAGUGGGUUUUUGUAAAAUAUUUCAAGUUGAAGAGGUGUAAGUUCUCCUUUGCUGUUGUCUCAAGAAGAAGAGUGCUCUCUUCUGGAUGGAAAGUUGUUUCCAAUCGACAUGUUGUCUUGUCCUUUAGUUCCUUAUCAGGAUCUUAACAUUGCUGCUGCUGAUGUCGUUUCUAGAAUGAUGGGAAGAGGUUGGUGGUGGCUUGAACACUUCUAAUUCUAAUUCGUGUUGCAAGGUUUGACUGGAGUGAGAUUCAAUGUAGGGUUUGAGGCAUUAUUCAUUGUUUAUUAUGUUGAGUUUUGAUUAUAUUAUUCAUUGUAUAAUAGCAUGUUUUUCCUAUAUAGUAUAUUAAGGUUUUGUCAGAAAGAAAACAGAACAGGAGACAAAGUUAGAGGUUUUACCUCUGAAAGACUGAAACUUAAUCGCAUUAUACAUGAUCUUUAAGAAUUA